AUGCAAAAUAUGCAUGAGGAAAUACCAGCAGAACAUGACAGGAAUUUUAAGCCAGGUUUUGAACAAGACAGCAAGGCUGACCAUGAAACACAAAAAUGCCAGGGGAAAAUACAGCCAGGGCAUGAGGUGGAUUUUCAGUCAGGUGAUGAAGACAUAACAGCUAGAAAACAGUUUGAAGCAUCUCAACCACCUUUUCAUGCGGAAAAAAGAUGUACAGCCGUUCUUCUAAGAGGCAUUCCUGGCAAUGUCCGUGAAGACUAUAUCGAAAUGUUCUUCGAGAAUAAAAAUAAUUUUUCUGAGGUUACAGUCCUCAAAGUUGAAAUUAAUAGGCAGGAAAAAACCGCUGUUGUUGAGUUUGAGGACGAAGAAGCUUCACGUUUUGUGUUGGAAAAGAAAUCUAUCAUCCUAAAGAAGAACACGAUUAUGAUCGAGCCUUACAUACCGAGAACACAAGAAGUAACCAAAGAAGAUGCUGUAGAAGAUGAUGUAUUACCGAAGGUUGUUCUUAAAGAUUUACCUGACGAUGUUGAUCAGGAGGAAAUAGAGAUGGUCUUUCAGAGCAAAAAACGUGUUGGAGAUAUAGAAGUGGUAGAAAUCGAGUAUAAUGAGGAAGACUCAUUAGCCAUUGUAACGCUUGGAAAUCAGGAGUGUAAGCCAUUUUGA